AUCUACAAGUCACAAACCAAACACACGUAAUUUAAGUCAUUUCCAUGACUUUUGAAAGGACCCCAGCAAAUUUGUUGUUCAAUAUAACAACCACAAUGCACAGUCAUUCACCACUCUUCUCUCUCUUCAUUGACACGUUUCAAUCUCAAUAAAACCACACAUACCCACUUCACACUAGCUAGAGAGAAGUGAAUUGAAGUAGUAACAACUACCACCAUUGAUGGAGUCAGAGGAUAACAAGUGCAGUGAUCAUCAUGUGCCAACAAAGCUCUCUCUCUUAAUCUCACGCCCAACCAUGCCGCCGGAAACUCCACCGCCGCAGAACACAAUCUCGGUUCCCUUCAAGUGGGAGGAAGCACCGGGGAAACCUAGGCAUUGCCACACCGAAUCGGAGCCCGAGGACAGUGGUAAUGCUGUUAAAAAAACCUUGGAGCUGCCUCCGAGGUUGUUGUUUCUGUUGGACACCAACAAGGUUUCCGACGUUGACGGUCCCUCCCCUAUCACCGUGCUUGAUGGACCUUACGUGGGCCGGGCCAUGUCCUUCACCACCUCCUAUAGGACUCCCAGGGACUACUGGAAUUCCAAUUUUGGGUCCUCCAGGUGGACCGGUUACAAGAAGAUCACCACAGAGGACGCUGAGGGCACUUUUGACUUUUCAUCCGACUCCAGCUCUACUAUGCCUAACGUGAAGAUCACAAGAGUUCCCAGACGAGGAAGCUUCUGGGCUCUGUCUAAGCCAAGGUCACAUAUGUGGGCAAGCAUUUAUGAAAGCUUUAAGCAAGUGGUCCCAUGGAGACGCAAGCAACAAACACAGAAAAAAUGUGCUUCCCAAUUGAAAACUGUUUGAUAUUUUAGAUUUUUACUCUUGUCAAAUGGAGUUGUUUAAGUAAUUAUAUCCUUCUGACAGGAAAAAAAAAACGACGUCCUGAACAAAAAAAAAUACCAUUUAGUAUAUAAAUAAAAAAUUAUUUUA